CACACUCACUCGCCCUCAACUUUACCACGUUUCUAUGCCCCUCAAGCCUUGCACCUUUUCAUCAUGGGAUUGAAUCACCAUUCAUCAUUUUCCCCCGUACAACGCAAUCCCCCAAUUCUGCAACUUUAUUGUAGAUUCUCACUCCAAUUCGGCGUUUUGAUAUACUGCUUUUGUCAAUGAAAGUGUUUUGAUUCAUACUCCACCUUCCCCUCCGCCGAUCAGUGACACUGUUAAAGAAAGAUGGAGCGCUCCAGAUUUAACAUUAGGAUCCGUUCUUCUGGUUCAACUCCAUCAGAAGAAUCAGCCUUGGAUCUCGAAAGAACUUGUUGCAGUCAUUCUAAUUUGCCUUCGCUGAGUCCCCCAGCACUUCAACCCUUUGCUUCAGCUGGACAGCACUGUGAAAGCAGUGCUGCUUACUUCUCAUGGCCUACGUCUAGUCGCUUGAAUGAUGCUGCUGAAGAGAGAGCAAACUAUUUUUUAAAUCUACAGAAGGGGGUGCUACCUGACAACCUUGGUCAGUUGCCAAAGGGGCAACAAGCAACCACAUUGCUUGAACUUAUGACUAUCAGAGCAUUCCACAGCAAGAUAUUGCGUUGUUACAGCCUUGGUACAGCAAUUGGUUUUCGCAUUCGGCAGGGUGAAUUAACUGAUAUUCCUGCCAUUCUAGUGUUUGUUUCUAGGAAAGUUCACAAGCAAUGGCUCAGCCCAAUUCAGUGUCUGCCUACUGCUCUUGAGGGACCUGGAGGAGUAUGGUGUGAUGUAGAUGUGGUGGAGUUCUCGUAUUUUGGUGCACCUGAGCCAUCUCCUAAAGAACAACUAUAUACAGAGAUUGUUGAUGAUUUGCGGGGGGGUGAUCCAUACAUUGGUUCAGGUUCUCAGGUGGCAAGCCAGGAGACUUAUGGGACUUUGGGUGCCAUAGUUAGAAGCCAAACUGGCCAUCGGCAAGUUGGCUUUCUCACAAAUCGGCAUGUUGCAGUUGACCUUGAUUACCCCAAUCAAAAGAUGUUUCACCCUCUGCCACCCACAUUGGGACCUGGGGUUUACCUUGGUGCUGUGGAGAGAGCAACUUCGUUCAUAACAGAUGAGCUAUGGUAUGGAAUAUUUGCUGGAGUAAAUCCAGAGACUUUUGUGAGAGCUGAUGGGGCAUUUAUUCCUUUUUCUGAUGACUUUGACAUGUCCACUGUCACUACUUCCGUGAAAGGUGUUCGAGAUAUUGGUGAUGUGAAAAUUAUUGACCUGCAGUCUCCAAUUAGUAGCCUUAUUGGAAAACAAGUGGUGAAGGUUGGAAGAAGUUCUGGCUUGACUAGAGGAACUGUCUUGGCAUAUGCCCUUGAGUACAAUGAUGAGAAAGGAAUAUGCUUCUUUACUGAUCUUCUUGUAGUGGGUGAAAACCAACAAACUUUUGACCUUGAAGGAGACAGUGGAAGUCUUAUCAUGUUAAAAGGCGAAAAUGGUGGAAAGCCCCAACCAGUUGGGAUCAUUUGGGGAGGAACUGCCAACAGAGGCCGCCUCAAACUAAAAGUUGGCCAGCCUCCAGAAAAUUGGACCAGUGGGGUUGAUCUCGGCCGUCUUCUCAAUCUCCUUGAACUUGAUCUCAUAACAACAGAUGAAGGGCUGAGAGUGGCAGUGCAAGAACAAAGAGCAGCCUCGGCCACAGCAAUUGGCUCCACUGUUGGGGACUCCUCAACUCCUGAUGGCAUCCUCACUAAGGAUAAGACUGAAGACAAAUUUGAGCCACUUGGUCUUCAAAUUCAGUCCAUCCCUCUAGGAGUUGAACCAAGCAGCCAAGAAAUGAAACCGUCAAUCGACAUAAAGACUGAAUUCCAAGUAGAAGAUGGAAUCAAUGUAGGAGGUCCAAGCAUAGAACAUCAAUUUAUCCCGAGUUUCACUGGGCGGUCGCCGCUACACAAUAAUGAUGCAGUGGAUAGAGCUGCCACCAAGAAUUUAUCUUUGUUGAGGAACGGCUGUGACGAGGAUUUAUGCGUGCUGCAGCUGGGGGAUCAUGAAGCUAAGAGAAAGCGCUCUGAAGCUUCAACCAGUAUUGAGGAACCUCAGUGAGGUUUAGUGAUUUUGAGACCUAGUGAUCCAUAUGACAACUGUAAUAUUAUAUUUACACUUCUUAGCUCGCUGUUCAAGCUGCGAGCAAUUAAUGCUGAAGUCUUGAAGUCAAGUGUCAACUAAAUUUUAUAAGUGAAUUAGUUGGAUUAUUAUUAUGAUUUUUCCCGUAA